AUGAACAACAAGUCUUCAUCAACCACCAACCGCAUCGUCCCUUUCCCCAAACUUGAUGAAGUGGUGCCUGCUGGAUGGGAGGACUUGAGGAAGUUGAUCCUUAAGGAUGAACCAUGCCUGGAGGAGGAGGUUGGCAACAAGUUUUUGUUCAAAGAAAAGGAAAAAAACACAGCACGCAACACCGCAGCGCAGUGCACUACGCAGCCCAACGCCCGCGGCCCAGCACCACACCGCUGCAGCCCACAGCCACCGCAGCCCACGCGAAGCAGUACGCACCCGAUCCGACCCGCACCAGCGCCUGACCCGCUGUCUCUCUCUCUCUCUCUGCCAGCGGAACCCGCCACGCACCCGUCCCCUACCCCGAGCCGGACACUACAGCCGCCGCACGCACGCACGCACGCCAAGGCCGAGCCAGUUCGUCCCGCGCCCCUGGUCAACCCCGUGCAACCUAGGGACACCGUACGCGAGCCCAACUGCUCGAGGGACCCCGCACCCCCUCCUCAAUCUUGCUCGUUGCUGCACGAGGGAGCUAGGGCGAAACGGAUCUCGCACGGGAGCUCCGCUGUCCGCCGUCUUCGCCGGAGGAUUCCACCGCCGUACGGACACCACCAGCCACACUGUUCACUCCCCUCGACCCUCCCCUCAACGCCGCACCUUUCUGACAUACGCUCGUCGCCGGAAUCGCAGCGGAGCGAGCCGCCCGAGCGAACCCGACGCCGCCGGAGCAGCGGCUGUUCACGUCGUCACCGUCGGCCGCAGAGCACGCCACGUCGUCGUUUGACCUCACCACUGCGUCCGCAACUCGAAGCCGCCUCCGCCCGUCACCUCACCUUCGCCGGAGACCCACCAGAGAAGUCGCCGCCGCCCGACCACCGCCGCCGUUUUUCCCCUGUUCUGAUUGUCCGGAGUGCGACGCGAGCUAUUGUCAGGAGUGUGACAUUCUGAACCAGAACCAAG